AUGAAAACACUUUUGAAUGACUCGGAUUAUGACCUUGCAUUACAGGGUCGACCCGGUAAAAUAACGUUAGGCAUUGAGGCUUCGGUCAUUUGUGAAAGUAAUGUGGUUUCACUUGGUGAUGACGUGGGUACUCAUAUUGAUCCUACUUCACUUGGAGAUGGGGUUAUAACGUCCAAACAGAGCACGAACAUUCUUGACCCGGAAGGUCUUCGACGAAAAGGGAGACCGCCGUGCAAAAGGAAGAAAGGUGUUGUGGAAAUAGCCGUUAAGAAGAAAAGAGAAACAAAAAAAAAGACAUUGUCCAAUGAAAAAGUCUCGGAGGUUGAGAAGAUUGCAGUUGGACAUGGGUUCGGGACACAAGAGAGUGUUGUAAAUGGUCACCCAAACUACAUGGGGCAUUCAAUGUGGCCAAACAUGAUGCCCCAUAGCAUACAAGCAAAUAUGGCACAAGGCGGAACCAUCUUCCCAUUUUCUCCAACUCUUUGCCCAACCGGAACAAGCUUGAACCAAUUUAGGCCUUCUUUUCCAAGUUCACAAAGCUUCUUCAAUGGUCAAGUUUGGAGAGGUCAACCAAUUCUUGCGGGCAGCCAAUCUUGGGGAGGACAAUCAAGUUUUAUGGAAGACCAAGGUCAAUAUUGGGGGGGACUACAACCAAAUCUACUACAAACUCAAGGGCAUAGAUGUGAAGGACAACCAAGUUUCAUUGAUAUGAUGAAUGCAGCGAAUAAUGAUGAAGAAUAGUUCACUUGGUUGUUCUAUGGAAAUGAUGAAUAUGUAUUGUUAUUUUGAUUGGUCACGACAUUGAUGAAUCUGUAAUAGUAUUAGCAUUACGACAGCUUUGUUGAACCUGUGAAUGUUGCAAGGUUGCAAUGUGUUGGAUUAUAUUGGAUGAA